CUUUACUAUUUUUGGUGCGACCGACGCCGGGGGACAUUUCGAUUGCAAAAAUUCAAUUUAAAAUUCUUAUUAAUUGUUAAUAAUCAUGGCGUCAAUAGAUUUAUUAACGCCACAUCUUUCUAAGAUCAAGAUACCGGCCCCCGGACAAUUGAUUUACAAGGAUGAAUGCGUGUAUUCCUUCGAUAAUCCAGAGUCAGAGACUGGUCUGUACGUGUCACUGGUUUCGUUCCUGGGCUUCGGCCGCAACUAUGUGGAGCAGUACUUCCAGAAGACAGGCAAUGCUGUCUUCCUGCACAUUCACCGGGAGAAAAUACCUGUGCCAGAGCCCGAGCAAACCGGUGACGGUCCAGAGAAGAAGAUCACCCGACUGGCUAUAGGCGUAGAGGGCGGUUUCGACCCCACCUGCAACAAGCCGAAAUUCACCUAUACUGACCAUUACAAUGUGGUAGUUCUGCCUGGCUUCCAUACAUUCCCGUGGCCAGAUCCUACACUGCCCGAACAGGUGAAAAAAUCAGUCCAAGCCGUCAUAGAUGCGGAGUCACCAUUCAAGAUAGCUGAGAUGAACGCGCUCGCGGGCACUUGGGACGGCGAGGCGCGCGAAGUAUCCGUUCACGCUGUGAGCCUAAAGCAGUUGGAUAAUGGCGUGAAAAUCCCGCCUUCGGGCUGGAAGUGCGCCAAGUGUGACCUGACCACCAACCUGUGGCUGAACCUGACCGACGGCGCGGUGCUCUGCGGCCGGCGCUUCUUCGACGGCUCUGGAGGCAACGAGCACGCGGUCGAACACUACCGCGAAACGGGAUACCCGCUGGCGGUAAAGCUGGGCACCAUCACCGCUGAGGGCAAGGGCGAUGUCUUCUCUUACGCAGAGGACGAUAUGGUCGAGGACCCGUAUCUGGCCGACCAUCUCAAACACUUCGGUAUCAACGUGCAACAACUGCAGAAGACUGACAAAUCCAUGGUGGAGCUGGAACUUGAGCUGAACCAGCGUACCGGAGAAUGGAACACUCUCCAGGAGUCCGGCAGUUCCUUGCAGCCUCUCCACGGACCCUCGCUCACUGGAUUGAGCAACCUGGGCAACUCUUGUUACAUCAACAGCGUUCUACAGGUGAUAUUCCGCAUGCCGGACUUCGUGCGGCGCUUCGUGGAGGGCGCGCCCGAGAUCUUCGCCUCCUUCCCCGAGGACCCCGUCAACGACUUCAACGUACAGACCGCUAAACUAGGCGUCGGUCUAGUCUCCGGCCGCUACUCGCAGCCCGGCGACACGGACGGCACCCAGCCCGGCGUCGCCUGCCACAUGUUCCGCAACCUAGUCGGCAAGGACCACCCCGAGUUCCAGUCCAAACGGCAGCAGGACGCCCACGAGUUCUACCUGCAUCUACUGACACUGUUACAGCGCAAUAGCCGACACAAGCCAAACCCAGCCGACUGCCUCCAGUUCAUGGUUGAAGAACGUAUCCGCUGUGGGGCGUCCGGCGCCGUCCGGUACACGUCGCGGCCCGAACACCACCUGCCCCUGCCCGUGCCACUCGCGCAGGCGACCAAUCAGCAGCAAGUCCGAGAGUAUGAGGCGAGGCGGGCCGCGGCUGAGGCUGCUAACCAACGCCUGGACCCGUCCACCGUAGUCCGACCGCACAUUCCGUUCUCGGCGUGCCUGGACAGCUUCAUGCGGGAGGAGACGGUCGAGCAGUUCUUCAGCAGCGCCGUCAACCAGAAGGUCACCGCUUACAAGACCACACGCCUGUCGACGUUCCCUGACUACCUGCUCAUCCAGCUGAAGAAGUUCACCAUUAAGGAGGACUGGACGCCGGCCAAGCUAGAUGUCGAAGUUGAUAUGCCGUGGGAGAUGGAUCUAUCGUGCCUGCGCGGUCGCGGGCUGCAGCCCGGCGAGGCGGCGCUGCCCGACGCCGCGCCCGACGCGCCGCCGCCCGCCUACGACGAGGGCCUGCUGGCGCAGCUGUUGGACAUGGGCUUCCCUCUAGAGGCGUGCAAGCGCGCCCUGUACUACACGAACAACUCUGGCAUGGAGGCGGCGUCCAACUGGCUCAUGGAGCACAUGACCGACUGGGACUUCGCCAACAAGUUCGAGCCCCCGGGCACUCCCGCUCCCGCAGCGGCGACAGCGAACCUGGACGAAUCGAGCGUAGAGCAGAUCGUGAACAUGGGCUUCACGCGCUCGCAGGCCGCCAAGGCGCUGGCGGCGACGGCGGGCGACGUGGGGCGCGCCGUGGACUGGAUCUUCAGCCGCGCCGCCGAGCUCGACGCCUGGGACCAGCCCGCCGCGCCGCCCGCCCCGCCCCAGCCCCAGCCGCAGGCCCGGGACGGACCCGAGAAGUACAAACUGGUGGCAUUCAUCUCUCACAUGGGCACGUCCACGAUGGUCGGCCACUACGUGUGCCACAUACUGCACGAAGGACGAUGGGUGAUAUUCAAUGACAAUAAGGUGGCUCUCUCAGAAAACCCUCCAAAGGAUCUCGGCUACUUGUAUCUAUAUGAAAGGCUGUGAUGACACAACUAGUGAAUAUUGUACCAAAAAUCAGGGCACGGUUCAAUAAGGAACGUUUAGACUGCGUUAAAGUUUUUUACACAAAAGAGAUUUAACUUUUUAGGCAGUAUUUAUUUUAUAGUAACAAAUUUUAUAUUAGAUAUUUCGAUUAGGUUAACAAAAUUGAGUAACUUAAAGGCGCCGCAUAAGAAUGCAUUUUUGUUUGCAAUUAUUUUUACAUAAUACAGUGUUAUUUUCUGUAAGAGACUACUGUAAUUUAUUUAUUUGUUUAUGAAGUUGUAUUAUAUGUAUAAGCUCGACCAUAUAACGCAAUAAUUGAAUGGUGUUUUAAUGUCAUCGCGGACAACGAAUAUUAAUAGAAAUUAUCUGAGAUGC